ACAGUCAUAUCCAGUCGUAUUUGCGGUUCUGUUUUGAGGCUAGGUGUCACUUUUGUUUCUUCUAGAAACAAAGACAAACGUACGCUGCUUCACUGCUUCAGUCAGUUUCAUUCCAUCGCUCGAAAAUGAAGGGAUUCGCGUGCUUGGUCGCCACUUUCCUCUUCUUGGGCGUUGCCAACGCUCUUGAUUGCUACACGUGUGACUCGAACAGGGCAGGAGAAGAGUACUGCUCUCACGUGCCGUUCAAGAAGCCAAGCGCGGAGAAAGCAAUGUCUUGCAGCGACUCCUUCAAUCACGCGUUUAACGAAUUCAGAAGCACUUUCCAAGCCGGCGGACAGCAAAAUGAUCAACUCGAAUCUUGCGUAAAACAGACCUAUUCAGACGAGCAUGGGAAGGUGUUGCGAGUGACUCGUGGGUGCGCCACUGGCUUCGACAACGUGUGCAAGUUUUUCGGGCAGAACCCGCAGAACCCGUACAAGUGCUACGAGUGCAAGGAAAAUUACUGCAACGGAGCCAACUCUUUGGCCUCUGCUAUCCUUCUCACUCUUGUAGCCAUCGCUUUUUCUUUUAAGAUGUAACGUUUUUAAGUAUGUAGAAAUUCUGAGAUUGCAUUUUGUAUUCAAAUAAGGAGAUGCAUCAUUGCUUAAUCAGAGCUGUACGCUAAAAAACUUUGUCCUUGAGCUUUAUUGUUAUGUGAGAUGUGAUUAUAUAUCCGUUUUAAACCAAAA